UUGUUUAUAAUUUUAAUUUGUGUGCAGACGAACUCUGUCGGUGACACUAAGCCAACAUGAUGACAGCUAACAGAUUAACGAAUAAGGUGUACUAAUGGACGGAGAACGCUAUCUGAAAACAUCUAGAUGGAGGGCUUGAUCUGCAUUCAGUAAAUGUCAUGGCAGGUUUAGACACUGGAGCAGGAACUCCCUUGGGUGACAUGUUCCAGGAUUCAGUGACAAAGUCUUUAUCAGCAUUAUGUUUGGAUGCCAGUCUGUCUGAUGUAAAAUUUGUAUUCCCAGAGGAACCUGGUAAAGUUGGGAUUCCUGCCCAUAGACUGAUCCUGGCAAUGCGCAGUGCAGUGUUUAGGACGAUGUUCUAUGGAAGCUUGCCGGAGAAGGGACCAGAAGUGAAAAUUGUUGAUAUUGCUAGUGACAUUUUUUCAUCUGUUCUAAGGUAUGUGUAUUCAGAUGAAGUAUCCAUCGAUGACGAAACCGUGAUUCCACUUCUCCAUGCAUCCCAGAAAUAUGAGCUACUGACAUUGCUUCAUGAAUGUGAAAACUAUUUAGAAGGUGCAUUGAAUGUGAAAAAUGUCUGCACGAUCCUUAAUCAUGCUGCUUUAUUUGGGAUGGAAGAUCUGAUCAAAGAUGCUCUUAGUUUCCUAGAAAUCAAUGCUGCCGAAGUGUUCAAAGAGGAAUCCUUCACCUUUCUCACUCAAGGUAACUUUGCUAUGGUGUUGAAAAGCGAGAGAAUUGGGACCGCUGAAAUCAACAUCUUCAAUGCUGCAAUUCGAUGGGCUGAUGAACAGUGUACUAAGGCAGAAAAAGCUGUUAAUGGAGAGAAUCGUCGACAAGCUUUAGGGAAUAUGUUGUACCAGAUCAGGUUUAAUCUUCUUUCUUUGGAAGAUUUUUCCAAUGUUGUUGUUCCAACAGAAGUUCUGACAGAUGAUAUCCUUCUGAAAUUUUAUAAACUCUUCACACAAAAGAACUUUGAUCCAGAUGCAAUUGCACAUUUUAUCAAAACUCCAAGGUUAGAGUACCCACCCUUAGAAGUAAAUCUACAGGCUUUAACGCAAAUUCCUACUUGUACUUUUGUUCAGUCUGGAGGAGUCAAACUAGGCCUAAUGGGUGAAAGAGGGGUACAGAGCUUAGAAACUGUUUCUGUUUACACGACUCAACCAAUGAAGAUAAGACAAUUAGAUUUUGUUCCUACUCCAAUGGGCACACCAGAUCACCCUAAAAUAGGUCACAACCCCCAAGGAGAAUUCAGGAUAGAGCAAGCACUAGUUUACAUAGAUGAUGUCUCUGGGGAUAUCGUAAAACCAAUUUAUAAGGGUAAAAUUCCUCUUGGUCUCAAAACCUCUUUGAAGUUCGACUUUAUUCUUCAAAUUGGCGAUUGGACAAAAUUGGCUAUUGGGGUGAGCAAAAUGUGCAGUGUAUGUGGUAUAAUGGUAGCCCCAGAUUACAAUAAGAUACCUGAACAGUACACAAGGAAUAGACAUGGAAAUUCCAUCAAAUCUCCAAACACUAAGUCAGUGGCUGCGUUCGGGGGCAGUUUCCAAAUAGCAACAUCCGGACAAAACAUUAUCAAGUCUAUCCGUUUUGAGAAAGAGUAUCCAAUGAAUCUAUGUAUUUCUCAGUCUCAAUAAAUACAUGGUUUAGGAGCAAGUGCUAAUACAUCAUUAAAUGUGAGAAGGAAAAAAGAUGGUUAUAUUUGAAGAACUGUCGCUUACAACAGGCUGAAAUCUAGAUUACAAGUGUAAUUACUUUAAUCCUGUUAUAAACCCGCUCCUGGUAGUAAGUCUGGCUUCACCUGUUUCAGUUUUAGUAAAAGUGCUAAUGAAUAUUGUGUUAUUAUCCAUCUGUAACGUGUCCUUCCUACUUUAAGUGUUGGCAGCAUUAUUUCAGCAUAAAUAAGUGUUGGCCCUAUAGCCUUAUUUUGGGAUAAAUGCAGUAUUAGAUUUAACUAAGGAAAUCCAUGGAUCAGACAGUUUUGUAAAUUUAUUUCCUAGUAUCAAUUUUUAGCCCACCAUCAUCAUUGUUAUCACUAUUUCUUGAGAAGCACAGGAUGGAUCUUUCUCAAAUUGCAUAGGUAGGUUCCCCUUGGUCCCUGUUUGAUUUUGGAACUGAUAAAACAAAAUUGGGCAACAGGCCAUCUUGGAUUUUUUCAAUGAAGUUUGUUAUUGCUAUUUCUUGAAAAGUUAGAGAUGGAUCUCUCUUAAACUUCAUAAGUAGGUUCCCCUUGGUCUCUAGUUGUGCCCAUGUAAUUUUGGAAUUGAUCAGAAGAACAAAAAUGGCCGACAAACAGCCAUCUCGAAUUUUGACUUUGAAAGAUUGUUAUCACUAUUGCUGGAGAACUACUCUAUGGAUCUUUCUCCAAUUUCGUAUUUAUGUUCCCUUAGAUCCCAAGUUGUGCCUGUUUGAGUUUGGGAAUGAUCAGAAGAAGCAAAAUGGCUUCCAGGUGGCCAUUUUGGAUUUGGCAGGUAAAGAUUAUCAUUUUAAUUUCUGCAAAGGAAUGUUUGAAUAUCUUAUCAUUAAGAGCAAAAACAGAAGAGAAGAGAAAGAAGGGAGAACUUCCAAAUUUCAAAGAGCAAAUAAAGAUCAAACAAUGGUGGGUGCCAAGAUUCCUCUGGGAUCUCUUGUUUUCUUAUGACCUUCCAGCAUAUCCAGUUAUAAGGUUAUUUUUCAGUGAAAUUUAUACAAGCAGACAUUUGGAUGCAUAUGUAUAUAUGCAUAAAUAUAUAUGCAAUCAAUAUUACAAUUUAUAUCUUAUUCUAGACCUUAUAUCUUGUGAUCUUUCUCCAGCUUGUAAUGAGACAUUGAUAUAAAUUAAUAGGUAUGAGACAAACACUUUAGCUGUUAUAAAAAUUGCCAUGUGUCUGCUGUCUGUAAUCAGUUCUUAAACAACUUUUAAGAGAUACUAAAUGGAUCUUUCUCAAAUUUCGUAUGUUGGUCCCCAUGGGUCUUUAGUUGUGCCCUUUUGAUUUUGUGAAUAACCAGGAAAACUAAAUUUGCGAGACAGCUGUUGUGAGGUUUGUUGUCACUAUUUCUUGAAAAAUACUGAAUGGUUAUUCCUCAAAUUUCAUACAUAGGCUACCCUUAUACUUUGGUUGUGCCCUUUUGAAAUUUCAUAUGAUCAAAAACAAAAACUGGACAGGUGAGAAAAGAAGUGAAAAGGUCAAUCUUUAAAAUAAAAAAUACAAAUUGAACAAUGGCCAAUGCCAAGAUCCCUAUAAGAUCUCCUUUUUAUAGUGUUGUCCCAAUGGCAUGUUUGAAGAUAUCUUCAUCUGUUUGAACAAAUGUUGUAUAGUAUUUUGUCAGGUGGCCUGUUUGUGAGUGAUAAAGUUAAAGAUUAGCAUUAAUAGUAGCAUUUGGUCAAAUGUUAUGAUGAUGUAGUUGUAUAGAAUUUACACCCGUCAGACAGUCUUACUCAACAUAUGCCCUUCCUACAUACUCCUGCCACACAACCCCCCUUAUAAUUCCUCCUCAUACAUGAGCCCACCUAUUACACCUCCUUACAUCACUUUAUCUAUUGUUCUUAAACUUGACUGUGACUGUAGUUCCCACCAUUAUGACUUUGGCUUGCUAGCUACUGUUAUCAAUGGUUGCAAUUGUUCGGUUAACAUUUCUACAACAAUUAAAAUCUCAUUGUUUCAUGCAGGCACACAUGCACAUUGAAAAUAGGAAGGGGAUAUUGUAAUGCAGCUGUAAGUAUACGUUCUCUGGAAUCUCAAAAAUUAUAAAUCAGUCCUAGGGCAUUCAACCAAUUGAGGGAAUUCAGCAACACCUAGUAUAUUCGUUAAUUCAUGCCAGUUUUUUAACAUUUGCAAUUAUUUCACUUUCACAGUGUUUAUAUGAAAUGAUCACAAAAAACCAUAUAGGCAUUCCUUGAAUAUACAAACAAUGAUUAUGUUAGACAAAUUAUUUUUACACAUUGGGAUACAAUGUGAUCAGUGUAUGAAGAGUGCUUUCUGAUCAUUAGCAUUGAUGUAGUUUUUUGUACAUCUUACAUGUAUUGAACUGACCUUGAUUUACCUGUGUGUGUUCAACACAAGACACUGUCUUUAAAUGAUACCUGUGAUUUUUUUGCAAAUUUCGUGAUUCUUUCAAUAUUACAAAAAAAAUACAUGUUUUCUUGCUUUUGUAAACACACAAGUAAUACAUCUGUAUAGUUUAUGUACCUGCAUGCACCUGCAAACUUUCUCAUUUUGAAUACUUCUAAAAGAAAUAAAUAGUGGUCAAUAUUUAAAUCCGUUAUCUAUUGUGACUGGUCAAUAAGAUCUCCAGUUGAUGUUAAAGUCUACACUGGUUUUUCUGUCUGCCAUGUCCAUUCUGAAGUAUUCAAAGCCUUCAAAAGAGGCCUUACAAAUUUCUGUGAGGAAGAAAUCUCAAAAAAAAAAAAAAAAAAGGAUAAACACAAAAAUUUCAAAAGGUACAUUUGGGAGAUUUUUGCAAUAGCUGCACUGCAUAACAGCUCUAUAUGGUACACUAUAUCCAGGAGGUUGGGAAAACUUUGCAUGGACAUUAUGGCAAUAAUAUAUGUUAUCUGAGGUUGCUUAUGAUGUUUGCUUUGAAAGGAUCAUCAGCCUUGUUUGUUAUUUCACUUGAAUAAUGAUUCCCUAUUUCAUUUAUCUGUAGUUCAGCAAUACUUUUUAUUCCUAUAAGUUUCAUGCCUGAAUCCAUAGUUUAAUAUUUUACGUUUUUUUUAAGUACUAAUUUUGUAAGGUUUGUGCAAUAGACAUUGAAUGCUUUUCAAAUAUUUAUUACAGUUGUUGUCAUUUAUUACAAGGCUUUGUACAUUCUGUUAUACACAUGAUGUAUGUUAAUUGUUAUAGUUUUAAAAUUAAUGGGAAAAUCCUAUAUGAGAUGGAAAUCCACAUGAAAGUCUUAAAUAAAACCAAUAUUUACGCAUCAAA